AUGGCGACAGCUCCAAGAAAAUUGAUUUGGGAGAUCGUUAAGAUCAACAACUGUCUCUUGGUCAAACAGUUCGGAAGAGGCAACGCCAAGGUUCAGUUCAGCAAGGAGACUAACAAUCUCUGCAACCUUAACUCCUACAAGCACAAUGUGAACUGA